CCAUAAAAUUUUUUGUAUUUACAGCAGCUCAAGAGCUCUGCAAUUGUGAACGAACAGUCAUUACUCAAUGUAUAGUGUGCAAAAUAUUUAUUUAAGUAAAAGUUUGCCAAUUUGUUUAAAUAUUAUUAUAUAGUACUUAAAAUUAUUGUUAGUCGUGUAUCUUUUUCUUCGUAAACACCACACAAUUCUAUACGUAUUGUAAUAGUACUUUUUCGAUAACCUUAUAAUGUCUGAAAAGGUGAUAAGAAGAGCACCUAAGAAAAAAGGAGCAUAUAAAUUGCCAGAUCCGAUAUCUGUCGGUGAGAUAUUAACAGAUAUGGCAAAAAAGCAAUGGAUUCUUGGCAAGUCGAUCGGUAUCGGAGGUUUUGGUGAAAUUUAUUCUGCUGCACCUUAUAAUGGGAAAACUCCAAAAGAAUAUACUAAUGUAAUUAAAAUUGAACCACAUGGAAAUGGACCAUUGUUUGUAGAAAUGCAUUUUUAUAUGAGAAAUGCUAAAUCAGAUGAGAUUAAUAGUUGGAAACAGAAAAAGAAACUUACAACUCUUGGUAUGCCACAAUAUAUUGGUUCUGGAAGUCAUGAAUAUAAAGACAUAAAAUAUCGAUUUGUAGUAAUGGAUCGGUAUGGCACAGAUUUAUGGAAACUGUUUGAAGCAAAUAAUAGAAGAUUUCCAGAACACACAGUAUACAAAAUAGCUUUGCAAAUAGUAAAUGUAUUAGAAUAUAUUCAUUAUAAAACAUAUGUACAUGCAGAUAUAAAAGGAGCAAAUUUACUAUUAGACUUAAAAUCUCAAAAUCGAGUUUAUCUAGUAGAUUUUGGAUUGGCUUCUCGUUAUACUACAAAAAAUGAAUAUAAACUAGAUCCAAAAAAAGCACAUAAUGGAACCAUUGAAUACACCAGUAGAGAUGCUCAUAUGGGAGUACCGACAAUGCGCGGUGAUUUCGAAAUUUUGGGUUACAAUAUGAUUCAGUGGUUAUGCGGUUCACUUUUAUGGGAGAAGGAUUUAUCAGACCCAGUUACAGUACAAAAACAGAAAGAAAGAGCUUUUGAUAAUAUUUCAGAAUUUUUAAAUAAAUCUUUCCAUAAAUCAGUUCCAAAUACUAUAUAUAAGUACAUGACUUUAUUAGCAAGUAUUAAGUUCAAUGAAACACCAGAUUAUGAAAAGUUUAAAAAAAUACUGACCGAAGGAUUAAAACAAUUAUCACAUAAACCAGAUGGAAAACUGGAAUUUAACGGUGAUGUUAAUUCUCAGAAUGAAGUAAUUCCAAAAUCUACUCCACAAAAAAUGAAAAGAACUAUCGAGAAAAAUAGAAAAAGUCCUCGUAUACAAUCACUAAAAAAUUCAAGUCCUAUGAAAAAUCUUGAUGAUAGUACUGUAGGAAUUGUAAUAGACAAAAAACGUGCUGGUUUAAAGGAUAUUAAACAAGCAUUGGAUGAGAUUGAUUCUGAUGAAGAAUAUGAUAUAAAAAUAAUUAAAAAAGCAAAAAGGAUCCCCAGUUCUGUAAGUAAAUAUAAUGAAAAGAGCCCAGUUAAAAAAAAUCCAGUCAAAAAGACUUCAGUUAAAAGCAAGGAAAGAAUUAAUAGAAAUCGCAUCAUAGAAUCAGAUUCUGAACCAGAGAUUAUAUCAAAAGGUACUAAAUCACGGCCCAUCAAUGUUCCAAGCGUAUCACUUAAAAAUACAAGAAGUCGACGAAAAAAUGUACUAAUGGAUGAAAGUGUUUCUGAUGAAGAUAUGUUUAGUACAUAAUUUUAAUAUAAGUGUGAAAUAAAUGUGUAUGUUUCAAAUGCGUUUAUACGCAUUAGAAACAUUGUUUGGAUGAGCUUUGUACAUUAUUGUAUUUAUAGCGAAAUUUGUAAAACUGAUGAUAUUUUGAUUGUGCAAAAGAAGUGUACCGUUUGC